GAUGUCUGUCUGGAGGCAGAAGAAACUCUGGGGGAAGCUUCCUCCGGGACCCACCCCAUUGCCCUUCAUCGGAAACUACCUGCAGCUGAAUACACAACAGAUGUACAACUCUCUCAUGAAGAUCAGCGAGCGAUAUGGCCCGGUCUUCACGGUCCACCUGGGGCCCCGGCGCAUCGUGGUGCUGUGUGGACACGAGGCGGUGAAGGAGGCUCUGGUGGACCAGGCUGAGGAGUUCAGCGGGCGAGGCGAGCAGGCCACCUUCGACUCUCUCUUCAAAGGCUAUGGCGUGGCAUUCAGCAACGGGGAGCGAGCCAAGCAGCUCCGGCGCUUCUCCAUCACCACACUGCGGGACUUUGGAGUGGGCAAGCGCGGCAUUGAGGAGCGCAUCCAGGAGGAGGCGGGCUUCCUCAUCGAGGCCCUCCGGGGCACACGCGGUGCCUUCAUCGAUCCCACCUUCUUCCUGAGCCGAACAGUGUCCAACGUCAUCAGCUCCAUUGUCUUUGGGGACCGCUUUGACUAUGAGGACGGAGAGUUCCUGUCACUGCUGCGUAUGAUGCUGGGAAGCUUCCAGUUCACAGCUACCUCUAUGGGGCAGCUCUAUGAGAUGUUUUCCUCAGUGAUGAAGCACCUGCCAGGGCCACAGCAACAGGCAUUUAAGGAGCUGCAGGGUCUGGAGGACUUCAUAGCCAAGAAGGUGGAGCAGAACCAACGCACCCUGGACCCCAACUCCCCGAGGGACUUCAUCGACUCCUUCCUCAUCCGCAUGCAGGAGGAGCAGAACAACCCCAACACGGAGUUCCACAUGAAGAACCUGGUGCUGACCACACUGAAUCUCUUCUUUGCGGGCACUGAGACGGUCAGCACAACCCUGCGGUACGGCUUCCUGCUGCUCAUGAAGCACCCAGAGGUGGAGGCCAAGGUCCAUGAGGAGAUUGACCGGGUGGUUGGCACGAACCGUCAGCCCAAGUUUGAGGACAAGGCCAAGAUGCCCUACACAGAGGCGGUGAUCCACGAGAUCCAAAGAUUUGGAGAGAUGAUCCCCAUGGUCGAGGCCUGCAGAGUCACCAAGGACACCAAGUUUCGAGAGUUCCUCCUC